AUGGAGCGGGGCGAGAGGCUGACAACCGGGGGGGAACAAGCCGAUCUAACCACUUACGGGCCCCUGCCAUCUUCCGCCGCGCUCAAACCACUGCAGGAUCGGCCAUCCGCGGCUUACACGACCCGUUUGCGCGCCAAGUCGUCGCCUCGCCCUCCCAACGCGCCGACAUCGCUCUCUCUAUCGCAUCUCGCCGGCGUCGUCAAGAUGCCGUCGUUCGAUCGUGUCUACGCUUCGUCGCCGGUUCUUGCCAUACCGGCACAGACUGCCCAUCCGGUCUCGCUCGACAAGUCCUUCCUGCAGCACCAAAUUCUGCCCUUGAGUCAACCGGCGUCGUGGCGCCCCCAACUAGUCCGCACCUGCACGGCUGCCGGCCGUAAACGGUCCAGAGAUGAGGCAUCCGUCAACCUCGACCCUCCAGAGAAGUUGGUUGAGCUGCCAGUCAAAGAACGGGAGGAUGAAUGGGUCUACGGCCCCGGCAUGACGCUCAUCAAGAAGUCGGCUGGCUACGUCGCCGACGCGAGCAACCAGUCUGGAACUUGGCUCGAAGAACGGGUUGCCGCGGAAGAAGCACGUAAGACAGAAGCGGCUCUUCUUGCGCAACAACAAUUGGCGCAGUCGCGGCCCUCUCUGAGGAGCCACAAGUCGCAACGGCUUGACAUGACGACGACGUCCAUCAGCUCUGAUGGUAUGCUUUCCGGUUGCCGCUCUAGCCCCACUCGCGAAGCCAUCAACCCAGUGACCGCAUCUUCGGAUUCACUUGCGCAACCAAUCGUCGACGAUUUUACUCUGCACCUCGGCAUUGGCUGGAGCCGGAUCAGCGACAACGAACACAUUCAAGCCGCCGCUCGUGGUUGGGCCCGCUUCAUCGAGAAUCAUUAUCCCGUCACCAACGCCAAGAUCCUCCUGGAAAGCCGCGGCCUCCAGUCGUAUCUCGUCGAAGCAACUGAAGGAUACUUCUUGUUCGCGGAGAACCUUCGCCAGGGCCGGCUCGUCAGCACGACUUCAGAAGGCGCUCUCGACAAUCUCAAGGUUUCGCCGCCCGUAUUUGACGGACUCGAAAUUAUGAAUGCCUCCGCAUCGGCCAGAUCCCUCGAUUCGAUCGCGUCUACCACGUCGGCUGAUAUCGACAUGAGCUAGACGACUUGAGGUUUGAGUUUUGGCGUUUCGGGAAGGGUUUUGUUCUUGCGAGAUUUGGUUGAGCAAUCAGUGCUCGGUAUGGCGUUGAAUUGGCAGCGUCGGCAACGGUUGGGUUCGGUUCCUCUUGGGCCAAAGGGCUCUUUGGGCGAUGGGUAGCCCGGGCCCCCACGGUAUUUCAUCAUUCGGGAUUAAGCAGCAAUUGCUCAAGGGUAGUUAGUGUAUGAGUAGAAACAAUAAGUGAUUCGUUGCAUUCUC